AUGCCCGGGUACCGGUUGUACAAGAGCUUGGUUGCCGGCGCAACGGGGCACGUCGGAGAGGCCCUCACGCGGCAGCUUUUGCUGUCGCCUUUGUGCGAGACGGUGCACACCUUGGUCCGCCGGAAGACCGGCGCCUUUAAGGAGCUUUCAGCUGCCGCCAAGCUCCACCAGCACAUCGCAGACUUCCGCAAUGAUGACUGCGGAGUAGAAGCUUCCGCCCUUGAUGGCGUUGAUGCAGCUUUUUGCGUGCUGGGUGCUCGUUCUGGGUGGUCUGAUGCGGCAGAUGUGGCCGCGGUGGAGCGCGAUGCCGUGAUCAACUUCGCGAG